AUGAGCGCUAACACAUUCCAGCUCCUGUCCGAAGACUAUACCGAUGAAGAAUUCCUCGAGUUAUUUGGCAGUGAGUAUUUAACUCUGGACAGCGAAUAUCAAGCUUCCAUACAGCAAAUGGCAGCAAUCAAAUCACCCGUCGAACAAAAAAAGGAACAAGCACGAUAUGAACGGGAAAGUGCUGCUAAACUGACGAGGUAUUCACUAACACCUACGUUCACAAUGCCAAGCACCGUCCGUGCUAUACCAACUACGUUAGACGUUCUAUCCACAACCACAUCUCUCUCGUCAAUCGAAACUCCGCCCGUCGAACAUGUCACCAAAAUAAGUAACAAGAAACUGAAGCGUGAACAGUACCGAUUAGCGCGACAAGAAAUACGACGGCAACGUCGUCCUGGCAAUGGAGCGUCAUCAUCAGCCACUACGUCAAUUCAAGAGUAA